UUUAAAAUUAUCUAAAAUGAAAUUAUUUUUAUAAUAAUAAAAAUCAUAGUUUGGGCCUAGUGGGGAAACCUGAGAAGCCUCUUCUCUUCCCUCAACUGGCAAUUUCUUGAGCUUUCAAGCUAAUGCGGAUCCCACGGGCUAGUUCCUCUUGGUAAUUAGGCGUUUCGACCAAUUGAAUUGAUAAGUGUUUAUUUGAAUCCCCGUUGAGAAAAUGGGGGUAAUGUCAAGACGGGUUUUGCCUGUCUGCGGUAACCUCUGUUUCUUCUGCCCUUCGUUGCGUGCCAGGUCAAGACAGCCUGUUAAAAGAUACAAGAAGUUACUAUCUGACAUUUUCCCCCGUAAUCAGGAACCCGUACCGAAUGAUAGGAAAAUUGGGAAGCUUUGUGAAUAUGCUGCAAAGAAUCCAUUACGAAUACCAAAGAUUACAAGUAACCUAGAGCAAAGAUGUUUCAAGGGGUUACGGAAUGAGAAGUUUGGUUGUGUGAAAGUCAUAUUGUGCGUUUACACAAAACUGCUAUCGACAUGUAAGGAGCAGAUGGCACUUUUUGCUAGUAGUUUAUUAGGGAUCAUUCAGACUCUUUUGGAGCAAACCCGACUGGAUGAAAUGCUAAUUAUAGGUUGCGAUGCUCUUGCAGAGUUUGUAAAUAGUCAGAUGGACAGUACACACAUGUUCCAAUUAGAGGGCCUUAUUCCUAAACUUUGUCAAUUGGCUGAAGAGGAUGGAGAUGAUGACCGCGCUUUACGUUUACGUUCAGCAGGAUUGAAAGUGCUGGCUUCCAUGGUCUGGUUCAUGGGCGAGCAGUCUCAUAUAUCAUUGGAGUUUGAUAGUAUCAUAUCAGUUACCUUGGAGAAUUACAUGGAUACCAAAAUGACACCCGUCAAUGGCAGUAAAGUGGAUGAAAAUGGUUCGCCUUUCCCAGAUAUCAUUGAGAAUUCCUUUGACUUUGAUCCUACCAUGGAUACUUCCAAGAAUCCUUCUUACUGGUCAAAGGUUAUCUUACAUAAUAUUGCCGGAUUAGCAAAAGAAGCAACAACUAUCCGACGUGUUCUUGAACCAGUUCUUAAGAAUUUUGAUGCUGAAAAUCACUGGUCUCAAGAGAAUGGAAUUGUUUUUUCUGUUCUAAUGUAUUUGCAAUUGCUAAUGGAAGAAACAGGAGAGAAGUCCCACGUAUUAUUGGCUAUCUUGGUGAAGCACUUGGAGCAUAAGAAUGUAGCCAAGCAACCUCAUAUACAAGUUAACAUUGUCAAUGUCAUUACUCAACUUGCACAAAAUGCCAAAUCUCUGCCCUCAGUUGCAACUAUUGGUACAAUAACUGACUUGAUGAAGCAUCUAAGAAGAUGCCUACAAAAUUCAUCUGAAUUAUCAAGUUCUGGGGGUGAUAAUAAAUAUAACACUGAUCUUCAGUUGGGACUAGAAAAGUGUAUCUCACAGCUCUCAAAUAAGGUUGGGGAGGUGGGACCAAUUCUUGAUGCAAUGGCUGUGGUACUAGAGAAUAUUUCGAGCAACAGUAUUGUUGCCAGAUCGGCUAUUUCUACUGUUCAUCGAACAGCAGAUAUUAUCUCUUCUAUCCCAAACAUAUCAUAUCACAAGAAGGCCUUCCCUGAUGCUCUAUUUCACCAGUUGCUCCUCACAAUGGUCCAUCCAGACCAUGAAACACGGGUUGGGGCACAUGAUAUUUUUUCUGCUGUGCUUUUGCCAUCCUUGCUUUCAUCUUCAUCAGAUCAAAAUAAAAGAACGCCUGAAGCUGUUCGUUCUGACUUAUCACUUAGUGCAUCCAAGAAGCUAAGGAGUCAGAGCUUUGCCUUCCAGGAUAAAGGUAAAGACCAAGUAGAAUUCAUUGAUGAAAGAUUAAAAGAAAAUGGAAACCAAGCAUCAGAUAUGGCUGUGAGAAAUCCAAUAAUGCGUCAGUCUCAUAGACAUUCAUAUAGCUUCGAGCAUUUUCUGCGUGAUGGAAAAAUGGAGCUUAAUUCCCUUCGAUUAAGUAGCCAUCAAGUGAGUCUUCUGCUUUCAACAAUAUGGGUCCAGGCAAAUUCUGUUGAAAAUACCCCUGCAAAUUUUGAGGCUAUGGCUCGUUCAUAUAGCAUUGCAGUAUUGUUUACCCGAGUCAAGACCUCUGGUCACAUGGCCCUAGCUCGGAGUUUUCAGUUGGCAUUCUCCCUACGGAGCAUCUCUCUGGAUCAAGAAGGACGCUUGCAACCAUCUCGCAGACGGUCUGUCUUUACCUUGGCAUCCUACAUGCUUAUUUUCUCAGCCAGGGCAGGCAAUUUUCCAGAGCUAAUUCCUGUUGUUAAAGCAUCUCUGACAGAUAAAACGAUUGAUCCUUAUCUCAAAUUAGUUGAAGAUGCUGGACUUCAGGCUGUAUUUGUGGAAUCUGAUAUAAAAUAUGGAUCAAAAGAAGAUGAAGAUGCUGCAUUAAAAUCCCUAUUGGCAAUAAAGCUUGAUGACCUUCAUUUGAAGGAGACUGUCAUAUCCCAUUUCAUGACCAAAUUUAAGAAAUUAUCAGAGGAUGAAUUAUCAAGUAUAAAGAAACAGCUUCUUGAGGGCUUUUCACCCGAUGAUGCAUAUUCAUUAGGUGUUCCGUUGUCAAGACCAUGUUCUCCUCUUGCGCAGAUGGAGUUUCAGUCAUUUGAUGAGAUGCCACUAGCUGCAGUAACAGAUGAAGCCAAUGGAAGUCAGUCAGGUCGCAAAGCAUCAUUAUCCAUAAGUAAACUAGAUGUCUUGAGUGCCAAUGAGCUAUUGGAUUCAGCUCUGGAAACAGCCCGGCAAGUUGUAAGCUUUUCGGUUUCCCCAGCACCGAUUCCUUAUGACCAGAUGAAGAGUCAGUGUGAAGCUAGUGUAAUGGGUAAACAGCAGAAGAUGUCAAUACUUCAUCACUUCAAGCAUCAACAGGAAGCCAGUGCAACCUCAGAGGAAAUUGAAAAUGAAAUUCUCUAUUUACCAAGUGAGAAAGCGGAGUCUAACAACGUUCAAGGUCAUAUAAGUGGACAGAUUGCCCUCUGUUCACAAGAACACAUGCAACAUUCUUUCAGAUUACCGCCAUCUAGCCCUUAUGACAAGUUCCUGAAAGCAGCCGGAUCCUCAGAUAGUGGGGUUUUCAAUUAGCAAAGAAACAAAUUCAUUUAAGGAAGCAGUUUGCCUUCUGUUCAAAAGCAUACAGAUGAUCGCCGUCAAGCCCUUACAACAAGUGCUUGAAAGCAGCUGGAUCCCACAGAGGUUCGAUAUGUUUUAUACUAAUAAAUACACUAAUAAUAUGUGUAUACAUGUAUAUGUAUAUUUACGUAUCAGUGAAUCUAUAGUUUGCUUUCUUUAUCGAUUCCUGGGCAACUGUCAAUUAUUUUCAUACGUAUGUAUAUGUGUAUAUAUAAUUUUUGUUUUUGGUUA